AUGACUGACAGAAAUAUCAAGCGUGUUGCCGUGAUUGGCGCUGGAAUCAGUGGCGUUGUAAGUGCCGGUCACCUACUAGCAGCCGGUCUAGAGGUCACAGUCUUUGAAAGAAGUAAGGCAGCUGGAGGAAACUGGCUUUAUGACAAGCGAGUGCCAAUCGAAGCUGUGUACCCAUCAAUUCACCCAUCGGAUGCAAUUAAGUUUGGGAGAGAUGGGCGAGAAGGCAAUGAAAGAAAGGAACUAAUCCAUGCUCCGCCUGGACCGUGUUAUGAGGGCCUUACGAACAAUGUCUCCACCCCAUUGCUCAAAACCACACUGAAUUCUUGGCCAAAAGAUACCCCACCAUAUGUGACGCAUGACGUGCUUCUGAACUACAUCCAGGAUACUUCGAAGACGGCCGGUGUGGAUGCUGCGACCAUUUAUGGUGCGCUAGUGACCAAAGUUUACAAGGAAGGGUCAGAGUGGCAUGUUACUUGGACCACACUGCAUGAGGAUCCUGAGACUGGCAACUUGACUGAGAAGUCAGAAUCUGCAAUUUUCGAUGCUGUCGUAGUUGCGUCAGGCCAUUAUCAUGUCCCUCUGGUCCCUGAUAUCAAGGGUCUAGCUGAAGCCAAAGCAAAAUGGCCCACAGUCAUUACUCAUUCCAAGUCAUUCCGAAACUCGGAAGGGUUUUCGGACAAGAACGUACUUCUGAUCGGAGGCGGAGUUUCUUCGCUGGAUAUCGCUAAAGAAAUCAGCUCAAAAGCUCGGACAGUUCACCAGAGCACCCGAAACGGUUAUUUUGAUAUCUCGGCCGCCGCACUCCCUGAAAAGACAAAGAGAAUUGAAGAAGUCAUCGAAUUUGAGAUCACAGAAAAUGCUUCAGGAGAACACCUACCGCUGAUUGCACACCUGAAGUCAGGCGGUACCCUGGAAAACAUUGACAGAGUUGUCCUCGCCACAGGAUAUCAGCUGGUCCUACCAUUCCUGCCUCAGUACAACGACGAAACUCUCACCAGGAUUUCAACAGAUGAAUCUGUGAUUAUAUCAGAUGGAACCCAAGUCCAUAACCUGCAUCGCGACAUUUUUUACAUCCCUGAUCCCACUUUGGCCUUUGUUGGUAUUCCAUUCUAUACUGCGACGUUCUCGCUCUUUGAAUUCCAGGCGAUUGCAGUUACUGCCUUCCUUUCUGGAGCCAUCAAUCUACCUUCCGUCGACGAACAAAGAGCUGAAUAUCAAGAAAAAAUCAAGACCAAAGGGUAUGGGCGAAGCUUCCAUUCGCUAAAGGGUGAAGAGGAAGGCUAUGUGAUAGAUCUCCUUGAUUGGGUAAACAAGGAGAGGGCACUACAGAACUUACCUCCGAUUGAAGGCCAUACUGCUGUCUGGCUUGAAGCUAAAAAAGCCCAGAUUGAGCAUCUAAAGGUACUCUUUCCUGAUAUUUACGGAGCAGUCGAGGUAGCAGCUUCGGCAUGA